AUGAGGGCGCUGGCGCUGCUGCCGCCCGCGCUGCUGACCUGCUGUGGCUGGCUGCUCGCCCCGGUGAGCAGCGUUCACCCCGAGUGCCAAGUUCACCUGGAAAUGCAGGAGGAGGAAGCAAAAUGUGCCGACCUCCUCAUGGCCCAGCCAGGGGCUCACAAAGCCUGCAGCGGCGCCUGGGACAACCUCACGUGCUGGCGCCCCGCGGACAUCGGCGAGACCGUCACGGUGCCCUGCCCCACGGUGUUCAAGGUGUUCAGCAGCCUUCACGGCAAACCAGGGAACAUCAGCAAGAACUGCACGAGCGACGGGUGGUCGCAAACCUUCCCGGACUUCAUGGACGCAUGCGGCUACCAUGACCCCGAGGACAGGAGCCAGAUCACCUUCUACGUCCUGGUGAAGGCCACCUACACCCUGGGCUACAGCGUCUCCCUGGCUUCUCUGGCCACAGGCAGCGUCAUCCUUUGCCUUUUCCGGCGGCUGCACUGCACCCGGAAUUACAUCCACCUCAACCUGUUCCUUUCAUUCAUCCUGAGGGCCAUCUCGGUGCUAGUCAAGGACGGCGUGCUGUACUCCGGCUCCAGCACCCUGCACUGCCCCGACCAGCUGGCCUCCUGGGUGGGCUGCAAGCUGAGCCUGGUGUUCUUCCAGUACUGCAUCAUGGCCAACUUCUCCUGGCUGCUGGCGGAGGGGCUGUACCUGCACUCCCUGCUGGCCACCAGCUUCUCCCGCGGCCGCAGCCUCCAGAUCUACCUCCUCAUCGGGUGGGGCAUCCCCGCCGGAUGCACAGCCGCGUGGGCUGUGGCCAGGCUCUGCUUGGAAGACACGGGUUGCUGGGAUACCAACGAGCACAGUGGCCCCUGGUGGGUGAUCCGAACCCCGAUUCUAAUCUCAAUUCUCGUCAACUUCAUCCUGUUUGUGAGUAUCUUGCGGAUUUUACUGCAGAAGCUGACGUCCCCAGAGGCCAGAGGCAGCGAGCAGUCGCAGUACAAGAGGCUGACCAAGUCCACGCUGCUGCUCAUCCCGCUGUUCGGCGUCCACUACGUGGUGUGCGCCGUGCUGCCCACGGGCGCCUCCGCCCGGUUCCAGCUGCUGUGGGAGCUGUGCGUGGGCUCCUUCCAGGGCCUGGCGGUGGCGGUUCUCUACUGCUUCCUCAACAGUGACGUGCAGCACGAGCUGCGAAGGAAGUGGCAGAGCCUGUGCCCGCGCCAGCCCUCUGGGCGGGGCGGCCGGCUCCACAGCCUGUCCAUCUCCAGGGCCGGCUCGGAGAGCACCCUGCCCUCCCUCCGCGGCUCCCAGCCCCCGUCCUUCCUUCAGACGGAGGCCUCGGUCAUCUAG